GCCUCACCCACAGUUGCCUCGCUGCCAGGGAGGAUCGGAGGCACCCGCUGCGAACCCUUGGGGGGUAAAGGCACUUGGAGACUGAUUGCAGACUGCUCCACAUCUGUCUUUUGAGGGAAGGCUGCAGCUGUGAAGCCUCCGCAGAGGCCUGCUGUCUUCAAACAGUAACUGAAGGGGGAAGGCAAUUCUGAGAACCAUGAUGUCCCUGGGUGUCAGCAAAGAUCGUGUGAUUACACCCACAGAUGAAGACCGCAGGAGGAUCAUUAAGCAGAUGAAGGUUCGCACCACCCUGAAGAGUGAUAAGAGCUGGAUUCACCACCAGAAUUCGGACUCUGAGGAUGAAAAGAAGAGCAGCCCACUAUCUGGGCGAACUGGUGGGGGAUCCACAGGCUCAGCACCUACUGCUCUCCAGAGUGACAGAUCUCCUGCCCCCAAGCCUCAAUCCGGUUACCUCAUCAGGGGAGUGUUCACAAAAACCAUCGAUAAGACUCCUUCCGUGCCAAAUUCUCCAUCUUCUAAGGCGGCACAGAAAAACAGCACUGCCGUGAAGGGACCCAGUUCAUGCCACUCUUCUGGCUACAGGAUGACAACUGAGGAUUACAAGAAAUUAGCUCCCUAUAAUGUCAAACAAAAAUCAGUGGACUUGGAUGAGGAGGAUGUGCCUUUUAGUCCAGAUGAACAUAAAAAGAGGACAGAGGCGGCCAACAGUGUCCUGAGGCGCACUGCCAGCAGGGAACGUGCUUACGUCCUCUCAGCAGCCAAGAAAAGCAGUGGAAGCCCAACACAAGAGUUCCCACCCUUGUUUGCCAAGAGAAUUGAGAUAGAAGAAGAAGGGCAGCAGAGGAGGAAUCCGACUGUGUCUGAUUCGUGCAAGUUUACAGUAGAUGACAACAGUACCAAUGGGCUAAAAAAACCCACGGUUGGGCCUUCCUGGAAUGCACCAAAGACAACAGCAGUGUCGCCCACCAGCACUGAAAUAGGCAGUAAGAGCCCAACAACCACAACCUUAAGGGAAACUUCAGAGAAAAUUUCCACGUGUGCUGAAAUCAGAAAUGGUGAAAGCAGACAAACUCCUAAUGGGAACUCCGCACUGGAAACUGUGCCACAGCAUGGGGAUGGUGACAAACUUCUCAAGGAAAAGUCUGAGCCAUUCUCAUGGGAUAAACCUACAGCAACUGCAGUUUCCACAAAUGGAAGUUAUUCUGAACACACAGAAGCCAACAAUGGAUUUUACCUACCAAAGUCUGACUCUGGUUAUAGUGACAGGUCUGCAGAUGCUGUAGACAAGCUGCACCAACAGUACGAGUCUUCUCCCUACACAGAUGAUGCAAAGUCUGAACCUGCAAGGUCAGAGCCCGAUGCUGGUACUCACAGUGCUGCUGCUAGCAGCAGGUCUGUUUUGCAGUCUAAUGUCCCUUCUCCUCCCAGUGAGGGCACCCCUGCACACCUGGAGGACACAGAAUAUUCCUUUAAAAGAUCUGUCCUGAACUAUGAGGAGAGAAGUAGCACCCAAGAGAGCAGAUUCAUGAGCCCCACAGUCCCAGCAUACACCAAGCCUGACUGGAAUGAAGCGAAGUCCUUCCAAGAUUUCAAAGAGGGGAACACCCUUAGAAACAGGGAACAUGAGAGCACACUGGCCUCACGUGACCAUAAACCAGAGGUGGUCCAAGGAGGGUUUUCUGACUCAAGCCAUCAUGCUGAGAAGGGGCAAGAACCUCCUGAUGUCCACCCAGAGCCUCCCAGGUCAAACAAAUAUGCUGACCAUGACCUGAGUAUGGCAAUGUCCAUGUCAUACUCCAAGGACAGCACAAGUGAUGGCGUACACACCAAUACAGGAGUAUCGUCCUAUGUGCAGAGUGAAGAAUUUGCUUCAAGAAGGUCCAGCUCUCUUCCUAGAGAAGGCAGCACCACUGCUCCAGAGAGCCAAAGUGGAAAUGAAUCCAACACAUGCUGGGAAAGGACCACUCCUGCUUAUGAAGAACAACCCCCUCCCACCAUGGAUAGUCAUCAUGAGAGCCCAGGAGCCUGGAGACACAAUGAGCCUAGCCCAAUGGCAGCCAGCAGGUCUAACUUCAGCUCGAAAGAGAGUGCUCUUGGUGCAUAUGAGACUCAGCAUCCCAUGCCACUGUACAUGGACCGCCAGCCUUUUAACACCAGUGUGUCAGCACCCAGCCAUAGGAUACCAUCCUAUGUAGACAGCCAAGGAUUCAGCACCAGAAGACCUAUCUUGGAUUAUGAAGGGAGAGUUUAUGAUGGGAGAAGCAGCCCUAGGAGCAGCAGAUAUGACAGUGGUAGUGCCAGGGGGCACUGUGAAUUUAACCUUAUAACUACAAGCCACCACUCCCUUCCCAGAGAUACCACCAUGUCCAUUUCCCCGAGAAGCCACAGGGUGCCAUUCUACAUGGACAGCUUAAACUGUAACAGCACCAGGCUUCUUUCGAGUUCAAGUGAGAGGAUCUGCACUCCAAUUGCCACCUUACCAUACAACAGCCCAGCAGCUUCUGGCUACCAACCUGAUUCCAGCACUGCCGGAAAAGGGGUCCUCUUUGUGAAGGAGUACGUGAACAGCAGUGAGCUAUCAGCCUCCCCUCGCUAUGGCAGUGGUAGCCUUGUAGAUUUGACCGAUUUGGAGAGAGGAACCUACAGCCACCACAGCUACGUGUCCAGUGCUCCCCUGCAGAGGUCCAGUGAACCUGUCUGUACUUACUGCAGCCGUGAGAUCCGAGACUGCCCUAAGAUCAUAAUAGAACACCUUAACAUCUACUGCCAUGAAUACUGCUUCAGGUGUGGAAUUUGCCACAAAGCAAUGGGAGAUCUUCUGGAUAAAAUAUUCAUCCACCGGGAUAUUGUCCACUGUGACAAGUGCUACGAGAAACUCUUCUAGGGUUUUGCAAAGCUGGAGAAGGCAGCCAGUGGAAAGUCUUCAGCAGCAGCACAUAUCUGAAUAUAUCUACCAGUUCCUGACUGGCUGAGAUAGCAGAAUUCCUGCUUCCCUCUUCUGCAAAUUAUUUUCCCUCUCACUGCCUCAUCACAAUGAAUGAGUUUAACAUCUGCUAGCUUAUGCUGUCAGCUGCAUGCAAGACGAGUGCCACUGUUAACGAGACAAGGCAGUGUCAUCUAUAAAAGAUAGGUGGGCUGAUUUUCCAAAGGUGUUGAGCCCCUCCACCUGUCUUUAACUUCAUUAAGAUUCCAAAUAGCUUCCGUGCUGGAAACCAGGCAGAGCUCCUUAGGUCUAUUUAAUCUAACUGCAAGAAACAUUUUCUGAUUAUUAUUAUUAUUUUUUUUUGUAGUUGUUCAUUUCUGCAAUCAGGUUGCAGCUUAGUGCAUGUCAGCUUGCACAAAGCAAGCAGGUAUAAGAAGUGUUAAACACCAGAUUUGGAUUCUUGGGAGGGUUUGAAUUUAGCUCCUAGCAAAGCCUAUUUCUGCUUCUUUCACCCCCCAAAUUCUGCCUAGAAAUAGCUUCUGCCCGAUUUCUGCUUGCUUUCCAUGGGUUUUCAGGAGCACUUGCAGACUCACUUCAUUCACUUUUUUGUGUGUCAGCUUUAAUUUCCCUUCUCUUCCUGCUCCCCAGUGGAUUCCUUCAGCAGUUAGUGUGUCUGCUGUCUGCUGGGGAAGAUAAACUACCAAGUGAAAGAGUGUUCACUUGGCCUCUGAUGGUAGGUGUGCAGUGGCCGUACAACAUGUGCCACAGAAUCAGUAUCUCAAUUGGCUCUCCUGACAAGGAACACUGCUUGACUGAAAGCUGAAUUCUCCCCCGCCUCACCAAUGCUUGCAGCGUUGGCUCUUUUAUUGCCAUAAGUUAUUUACAUCACAAAUGCUCACUCACAAAACUGACCUUCCAGCAGGUGCUGUGCAUACUAGAAGUCAGAGCUGCAUAAUUUUAGCCCUUAGUUCAGACGCUGAGAGAUUAAGAACAUUGAGCACUGGAAGCUGGAAGCUCUGUGCCUUAAAUGCACGGCUCUGAAUGUACCUAUGGAGUUCCUGUUUUCUCUUUUAAAGCAUUAGGAACGUUUGCAAAACACCAGUUCUGUAGUAGCUCUUACAUGCCAAUAGGGGAUGGCAAAAGCUCUAAGCAGACUAUUGUUAGACAGGUAAUUCUUUAUGCUCUUAGUGAUGGAAGCUGGCAUGCAUGCAAAAGCUUAGCAAGUUACUGUUUCUACAGCACCAGGGCUACAUAGCUUUAUUUUAGGCCACAACCGUUUAUUUAAGCAGACUGUAGGCAUGACCUUACAGCACUCCAGGAGGGGAUCUCCAGCUGAAAUGGUAACAGCUCUGCUACCCGUAGGCUUCAGAGUGUGAUGGGGAGUUCCGAAGCUCCGUUCUGCACGUGCACAGUACAGCAGGAGGCCCAACAACAACAGCCCACGUGGGCUUCCUCCACUGCUAUGGCAUUAAGGUGUUAAGAGAUGAUACUUUCUGAACGGCAGAGGCCUAUGGUUACAGGUGCCCUCUGAGAAGCUUACCUGUGUUAGUGCUGUACUUGGCAAUACCUGGCGGGUAGGCGGCCUUCUGGGGAAGCAGGUUUACCCGCUGUAUGUUUUGCACCAUCUCUUUGGCGCUAUAUGGUCCUGUAGCAAUUAUGUAACAUCAGUACACACCUCUAAUAAAGCCACGGCUCGCGUGCAUCUCAA